GCGAAAGCGGAAGUGGCAUUUUGACUCUCGCCUUUCAGCAGGAACUUUCCUUGAUUUCUUCGCAACAAAAUGGAUUGGAGCAAAGGUGGCGAUAUUCAUAGUCAAACGCAUGACAACUGUCACCAUGGACAUUCAGGUCAUUCACACAGUCAUGAGCCAAGAGCGGUGGUGUUUAGCAGGACGGGGCUCCCGUUCGUACCCUCUUUUCACGGACAGUUUGGCAACAAUGCAGAUGAGGCGUUGGACAUCAGUCAACAGCCAAAGAAACGGUCACACCUGGAUGACAGCAGCAGCUGGGACAUAGUGAAGGCAUCACAGUUUGGCAUCUUGGAUCGCUGUAAGGAGCUGGUGGAAGCUGGAUACGAUGUCAGACAGCUAGACAAGGAAAACGUGUCUCUGUUGCACUGGGCGGCCAUCAACAAUCGCUUGGAGCUGGUCAAGUAUUACAUUUCUAAAGGGGCAAUAGUUGACCAGCUUGGAGGAGACCUGAACUCUACACCUCUUCAUUGGGCCAUAAGACAGGGCCACCUUCCCAUGGUCAUUCAACUCAUAAGAUAUGGCGCAGAUCCCUCCAUUGCAGAUGGAGAAGGUUAUCGCGCUCUUCACCUUGCCAUCCUCUUCCAGCACAUGGCUAUAGCAGCUUAUCUUAUGGCCAAGGGACAGGAAGUUGAUGGACCUGACUGCAAUGGACAGACACCUCUGAUGUUAGCAGCCCAGAAGAUUAUUGGGCCUGAGCCCACUAAUUUCUUAAUCAAAAACAACGCUUCCGUGAGUGCCGUGGACAAAGUGAACAGGAACACUCCCCUUCACUGUGCCGUGCUGGCGGGCAAUGUCGACGCUACAUAUGUCCUGCUGGAGGCUGGAGCCAGCUUGGAUCUAGAAAACAUGAAUGGCCACACACCUCUCGAGCUAGCCCACCAGGUGCACAGCCCCCUACUUAUCUACAUGCUCAAUCAAGUCAAGCAGGAGAGGAUUCGCGCCAACUCGCGCUGUUUACGAAUUGUCACCAAAUACAAAGUGUUUCUGCAGUUUUUACUCUCCACUGCCAUGUUUGGCUGUUUGGCUGGCAUAUUGGAUAUGAAAUCAGACUCCUGGUUGCUCAAAGGGAUCCUGCUAGUAUGCGUGGUUGGUGCAGUCAGUUUGGCUACAAGGAAUUUCCCUAGUGCAGUGUUUAAGUCACUCCUACCAGCUACAACUCUUAUGGCCUCUAUCUUCUGGAUGGUUGUCACUUGGUGCUUCUGGUUCCUGCCAGAUGGUCACAGCACCACAGUCCAGGUUCUUUUCACACUCAAUGCCACAGCUCUGCUCUACUACUACCUCCGUGCCUGCAGGACUGACCCUGGCUUUGUCAAGGCAACUGAAGAAGAGAAAAACAUGAAUGUGUUGUUGUUGGCUGAGGCUGGCUGCCUGGACCCCAGUAUAUUCUGCACUUCCUGCAUGAUAAAGAAACCGGUUAGAGCCAGCCACUGCCAGAGAUGUGAUGCCUGUGUAGCGAAGCAGGACCAUCAUUCUGUUUGGACCAACACCUGCAUUGGUGCCAGGAACCAUCUUUACUUCGUCCUCUUCCUGCUCUCCCUCUUGCUAAUGGGUGUCUGGAUGUUCUACGGUUGUGUUAUGUACUGGUCAACACAUUGCAUGCUGCACUAUGAGCAGCAGGGUCUGGUGGGAGUAGCCUUUGCCGUGGUGGACUGCUCUCCAUGGUUGCUGUGCGUCUUCUUGGUGGCCUUGUACCACACCUGCUGGUCCAGCUUCAUCCUGCUCCUGCAGCUCUACCAGAUCGCCUUUCUUGGACUGACCACAGCCGAGAGGAUGAGCCUGAUGAUGCACGCAAGAAAACACAGACAAUCCUUGUCCUUGUCCCACAAUCCAUACAAUUUGGGCGUCGUUAGGAACCUGGUGUCCUUCUUCCAGCUGCGAUGCUGCGGCCUCUUCAAACCGGCCAUCAUCGACUGGACGCAGCAGUUCCCGCCAGGCUGUGACCAGCGCUUGUUCAGACACACGGACAUGGUGUGAUGCUCAGGGGAGACCUUACCAGUGGCUUUGGACCAAAAUGCACAGUGCAUUUAUUUUUCUAAAUGCUCUAAAGGCUCAUUGUCAAGUGAAACCACUCCAGUAGAUUGGGGGGGGUGAUUUUUAAUUUUAAAAAGAAACGUGCUGAUAGUUUUACUUUUUGUACAGCCUGCUGCUGCCUUUUGACCUGUGGAAGUCAAACAAAUCACUUGCAAAUGUAUUGCAGACAUGUAAAAUUGUUAUUGACAUUUUGGGCUCUAUAGUCGUAGACUGCGCAACAUGUGCCAUAGCGCAAAUGGUGCGCAUCCUGAUAUUCGUGCCGGCGCAAGGCUCGCUCCACGUGUUUCCCAAUUUGACAGACUGGUCUGCGCCCAGCUGGGCAAUUAUUAUUAUCAUCAUUUUAUUUGUUUUAAAUCCCACCUACUGCCUGGUACACCGCGAAGGGGUUUGGGGACGUGGCGGGUGGAAACGAUCGUUUGAGGGGAUAUAAAUGGGGACUGGGGACACAUUUAAGUCGCCAGUGAUUUAUUAAUUUUUUUCCCACCACCUCCUUCUGUAUUAAGGGAAUACCGCCAACAUUCAAUGCUGCAGUCUCACAUGGGUCGCUGAGUCCUCGUUCACAUAUAUGAUGUCACCAUAUGCGAGAAUACACCGUGUGCAGAAUUAUUAGGCAAGUAUUUUCACCAUAUCAUGACUUUUAGGCAUAUUUCGUAGUUCCCAGCUGGGAAAAACUUGAAUACUUAAUGGAUUUAAGCACAGCAGGUCCUGUGCUUAAUGGAUUUAAGCACAGCAGGUGCUGUGUAAUGAGUGUGGGUGUGGCCUCAGGAGAUCACCCUAUAUAAAGGUUUGCAUAAUUAUAGGCAGCUUUUCUUUAGUCAAAAGGGGCCCAAAAAAUGAUUUAACUGACUGAAAAGUAAAAAAGGAUCAAGUGUCACGGGGGGAUGGAGCAUGUGUGAUCACAGAACCACCACCUUUUUCAGCGAAGAGUCAACAGGGUUGCAAGAAAUGUGAUGAGAGAAAAGAACACAUUAACGGCCAAGGAUUUGAGAGGAAUCAAGCAUAUAGCUACCAGGAAGCCGUUAUCUUCAUUUUCUGGCAUAUUUCAGAACUGCAACUUACCUGGAAUACAUCAAAGUACAUGAUGAUCAGUUUUUAGAAACAUGGUGAAGGCAAGAAAAUCUGAAAAAGGACGACCACCGAACAAGACACAAGCUGAAGCCUCUCGACUAGGCCAAGAAAUAUCUGAAGACAGAUUUCUCAAAGGUUUUAUAUACUGAUGAAAUGAGAGUGACUCUUGAUGGAUCAGACGGAUGGGCCUGUGGCCGGAUCACUGACGGGCACAGAGCUCCGCUUUGACUGGAAGUGGAGGUAGGAUACUGGUAUGGUAUGAUAUUAUUAAAGAUGAGCUGGUUGGACCUUUCCAGGCUCAAGAUGUGCUCAGGAUGAACUCCCAAACAUAUACUGUCAGUUUUUAGAAGACACUUUUGUCAGAUAGUGUUAGAGAAAGAAGUCUGCAUCUUUCAAAAAGGCAUCCAAGUGCUGCUCUGCGUGGCUGGACACCAAAGGCACCCCUUCCUCACCUGACCUGAACCCAAUUGAGAACUUGGGCAGUCCUUAAACAGGAGAUAUACAGUAUACAGUGAAGGAAAACAGUACCCCUCUCGGAACAGUAUCUGGAAGGCUGUGGUUUCUGCUGCACAAAAACCAAGAAACUAACACAAUCCAUGGAUGCAAGACUUAUCACCAUUGAAAAUAAACAUGGCUACAUUGAUAGAUAGAUAAUAUAGCAGUUUCUAUCCAUUUCUAUUGGAAAGUUUUGAGUUGUUUAUAAUUCUCACGCAUGAAAAUAAAGUGAAAUGUGUUAAACGAGAAUAAAAAUGUGAGAUGGGAAAAUGUUUUUCAUUUAGUUGCUUAAUAAUUCUGCACACCAAUAGUUGCCUAAUUUCUUACAGAUUGAAAUUCUCCUAAGAAAGCCUCAACUUCAAUUUUACUUUCUUAAACAUUAUUGCUUGAGAUUUAUUAACCUUUUAGAAUAACCUAAAGCACUGUGGUUGGUGAUUAAUAAAAAUAAUCCUCAAAAAUGACUUUCUUAAUAAUUAUGCACACUGUAUUUGCGCUGCUUUUAAAGAAAUUGAACAACCGGCUUUGACUGGAGAGGAUUGAAGUAUGCCCACAGCAGCGCAGACGUUCCAUUUUAAAUGCGCUAGGGGUACGCCGGUCCACGAAAGUAGCAAAAUCUAGCGCGCCUCUUUGCAGAAUGAGCAGACAGAUACACUAAGUCUGCGCGUGAGUUUGAUCAGACGCGUUUCAUUCAUAAAUAUGUGAACGGUGGACAUCAAACCCUCUGAAUCGUUGCAGAAAGCAGUUAAUUGAAGACAUAAUUAUUAGCCCAUUUUAUUUAUUUAAGUCACCCAACUGGCAAGCACACAUGCACAAACAAACAACCGUGGAUAUGGAUUCAUUCCAAAGACACACUGUAUUUAUAUUGCACGUGGUUAGUAUAUCUGUUGGAUUUAUCUUACCCAACAUUAUAAUAGACACAAAAGGAAUGAAGACGCUGGUUUCUUUUUCUCAUGAGGAGGGUGUAUGGGAGAUUGUUCAGAUCACAGCCUCUCAACACGCUCUAAACAAUCCCCCCCCCCCUCGCUCCUGUAUUUAUUUGAAAUAGGAGGGAUUUACAAAUCAUAAUGUUCUAAGCAAUAAGACACAACACAAAAUAUUUGAUAAUAAGAGGGUUUUUCCCAGACAUAGUAUUCUAAGUAAUAAGACACAACACAUAAUAUUGAACCAACACCUGUCACGACCCGACCACAUCCGAUCACGUCCUUGGUCCAGGCGCCCUUCCAUCGGAUGAUGCUGAGUCUUCUUUUUGAAGGCGAGACAUCUAAAAUUGUCCAUUAUACUAAUGCAAGCUAAGCAAAUAAAUGAUAACUUCUACAAUUUAUCUAACAAUAUCACCAGCUCAUCCUGUAUUUGAUAACAUUGUCUUUUGCCUCAGGUAACAAUGGCACGGAUCGCUCUCUCCAUGCAUGCGUGACCUUCAUUGCGCCUCAUUUAAAGGAAAUAAAUGAAUAGGCCGCUUGCUUUGAAUAAAUAAAGUCAGACAGCCCCCGUUUCGAAAUACGCCGACUGCGUGAUUAGGACAACUCAGUCUAACCUAUCCCCUCGCAGAGAUGUGCAGCGCACCGCGCGGGUUAUGCGCCAGUCAGGACAAUAGAGCCCUUGAGUUUAUUCACACGUCAAGCUUAUUUUUUAACCGUGCUCCCUGAAAGUAAAGAUAUUUCUACGUGCUAAGUCUUGUUUUGUAAGAAUGGCAUGCGUUUCAUAAUGAAAAGCCACUAUGAUACUUAAAUAAAGCAAUUUGUGUAUUCUUA